UUUAGGAGAACAAAAUGUCGCUUAUAAAAAACUUGGUAAAAGAGCCGGAACAUAAGCCGAAGAAAAAGAAGAAGGAUGCAGGAUCUGGUGACAGUGAUACCGAGGACAAGCCCCUCCGACCAUUCGUCAAAACCGCCACAGAUCUGCAACGGCUGAAGCUGGAGAAACUGAUGAAGAAUCCGGAUAAACCCAUCAUCAUACCUGAGCAGCGUCGCGAACGGGACUUCAUGUCCUCAGUGCCCACCUUUGUGCGGAAUGUUAUGGGCAGUAGUGCCGGCGCGGGAUCCGGAGAGUUCCAUGUGUACCGCCACCUGCGCCGCAAGGAGUACGCUCGCCAGAAAAACAUCCAAAACCAGAGCUCCCGCGAAGCUGCAGAUGAGGCAUACCAGCAGAAGUUGGACGAUAAUCGCCGGGCGGCCGAAGACAAGACAGCCAAGAAGAGAGCCAAACGGCUGAAGAAAAAGCAGCGGGCCAAAAAGCCAAGGGAAGAAAAGAAGCCACAGGCUAAGGAAGCCUCCGAGUCUAGCAACACAGAUUCAGAGGAGGAGAAAGCUCCAGAAACCGCAGAGGAAAAGCCAGACACUAACGUUGAUGAAGAGAAAGAGGUGACUUCGAAAGAAACCCAGGAACCUUUAAAAGAAAAGACAACAGAGCCAGAUUCAGAAGUCAACAAUGAAGAAUCUUCUGCAGAACCCACUAAGGAGGGCGGACAGUCACUAAAAACAGAAACCACCGAAGAAACACCUAAUGUAGAACAAGAAACAGACAAUCCCAAGCCGGAUAAUGAAAGUCAGCCAUAA